AUGGUCGCAAACCACUUCGACGACCCGCAGGCGACGCCGGCCCCUUCUGCCGAGCGCACAGAGGUCGACCAAGCGGAAAACAUCGACUCUGCGUGGAAAGCGUGCGCCUAUGGCGAUUUCGAGAAGCUCAGGGAGUUCGUGAAGAGCGAUCCAGAGUGCGUGCACAAGCCCGACGACCAGGGAUUCAGUCCAUUGCAAUGGGCUGCUUUGAACAACCGGGUUUCUGUCGCCAACUUCUUGCUUGAGCGCGGCGCAUCUCCCAACAGCACCGAUGGUACCGGGCAGACCGCCCUCCACUGGUCAGCCGUCAGGGGUGCAUUGGCUGUUGCUGAGAUUCUGCUGAGGGCUGGCGCAAGGGCAGACAUAACGGACAGCAGGGGUUACACGGUCUGGCAUGUCGCAGCACAGUAUGGUCAAACGGCUGUCAUUUACCACCUUGCUCUCAAAUGGAAUCUGGACGUGGGUGUCACUGACAACGACGGCCGGACGCCCAUGCACUGGGCUGCCUACAAGGGGUUUGCUGACACGAUCAGGCUGCUCCUUGUCCUCGGCGCCAGCGUGUCAACUGUAGAUAAAGAGGGUUGCACCCCCCUACACUGGGCGGCCAUUCGAGGACAAAGCGAAGCUGCUACAGUCCUGCUGCAGGGGGGUUCCAAGUGUGUCCUUUCAGUCCAGGAUGCCUUGGGGGCCACGCCAGCCCAGUUGGCUUUUGACAGAGGCCACCGCUACCUUGGCAUGCACCUCCUGGAACAGCGGCAGAAUCAACAUCGGAGGGGUGUCUGCUGCAAGAACAGGCAGCUUGGAAAAUUGGUGGACCUACAGCUGGCUCCUGUUAUUUGGGCACUCAUAGUGGGCCUUCUCUUGGUGUUUGUGAAGAAGGUCGUUUGGGCGCCCACAUUUGCAACCGUUGCUGUGGGCAUGGCGUUCUGGUCUUGCAUGUGUGUGGCACUGGCGACAGUUGGGCUGUUCUUUCUCUACAAGACGACAACGGCCGACCCUGGUUUCAUUCCUGUUGGUUGUGCCAGCGAUUCAAGGGCGCAGAAAGGUUUGGGUUGUGGAGAGGACAUGGAGGAUCUUUACAGGAACCUCGAUUCUCCAGUGUUGUGGGCAGGCAACUGGCAGCAGCUUUGUGUCACCUGCAAGAUCGUCAGGCCGCUGCGGGCAAAGCACUGUGCGGUGACAGACAGGUGCAUUGAGGUGUUUGAUCACUAUUGCCCCUGGGUGGGCAAUGCAGUUGGAAAGGGGAAUCGCCAUUACUUUUUGAUCUUCCUGUGGGUGGAACUGGUGGCCAUGGUGGUUAGCGCGAUUGUCGCCUUUGUUCGAUUGCAUCAAGUGAUGUCGAUGCACCACAGCCACAACCCAGUAAACAAAACGCCCCCAAUUGGGUGGGUGGUUGGCUUUCUGGCUGUUGACAUUUUUGUUGGCAUCAGCGUAGCAGCUCUUGCGGUAACCCAGGCUUCACAAGUGUUCAGGAAUCUGACAACGAAUGAGAUGGCAAACUGGUACAGGUACAAGUACCUGAGAGGGGACAACGGAGUGUUCAGAAACCCGUUUGACAGGGGCUGUCUUUUGAACUGUCGAGACGCCUGCCUGCCCAGCCUUACCCCCAAGGCUCCAGUGAGCUUGGACGAUCUGGAGAUGCAGCCGUGCUUGGGCAACGAACGAGGCUUCAGAUCGUAA